ACAUUAAAUAAGAUAUGUACAAGUACAUACCAUGCCAAAAUUUAGAUUACAAAUUUCGUCAAUUAAUUCCUAGAUAGCGUAGAUUAUUUUCCAUAGAUUUCUCACCGUGGCAGUUCAUUUCACACGUGCAGGCAUGUACGUGCGGAUAAAUAAUAAAUAAAUAGUAUAAAAUAGAAAACGCCGUCGUCUAUGUAAAAUUAGGGUUUUGUUUCUGGAUUUCCGGUUUGCAACAAAAACAACAGCAAAACCCUCCGAAUUGAAAUUAUCCGAUCCAUCAAUCGGAAAAUCUCUUUCAAAUUUCUGUUGAUUUGAGAAGAAAUGGCGAAGGAGAGGCCGGAAUUUCAGCUGUAUAACAGUAUGACGAAGCAGAAAGAGAUUUUCAAGCCCAUAGUUGAGGGCAAAGUCGGAAUGUAUAUUUGCGGUGUCACUUCUUACGACCUCAGCCAUAUCGGCCACGCGCGUGCCUACGUGGCGUUCGAUGUUCUCUACAGAUAUCUGAAAUAUUUGGGCUAUGAGGUUGUUUAUGUGCGCAAUUUCACUGAUGUUGAUGACAAGAUUAUCAAUAGAGCAAAUGAGCGUGGAGAAGAUCCAAAAGCAUUGAGUUGGCGUUUUUGCGAAGAGUUUCUCAGUGACAUGGCUGAUCUCCAGUGCCUUCUUCCUACCCACCAGCCUCGUGUUACUGAUCAUAUUGAACAAAUCAAAGACAUGAUAGCUCAGAUUAUCAGCAAUGGCUGUGGUUAUGCUGUAGAUGGAAAUGUAUUCUUCUCUGUCGACAAUUUCCCGAGUUAUGGCCUUCUAUCCGGAAGGAAGCUUGAAAACAAUAGAGCUGGUGAACGAGUUGCUGUUGAUAUUAGAAAGCAAAACCCUUUUGAUUUUGCUUUGUGGAAGGCUGCAAAGCCAGGAGAGCCAUUUUGGGACAGCCCGUGGGGUCCAGGAAGGCCAGGGUGGCACAUAGAGUGCAGUGCCAUGAGUGCUCAUUAUUUGACGCAUGCAUUUGAUAUUCAUGGUGGAGGGAUGGAUUUAAUCUUUCCCCAUCACGAAAACGAGAUUGCUCAGAGCUGUGCUGCUUGCCCGGAGAGCAAAGUUAAUUACUGGAUACAUAACGGUUUUGUUACUGCUAAUGACGAGAAAAUGUCUAAAUCCGUUGGUAACUUCUUCACAAUUCGCGAGGUUACGGAGUUGUACCAUCCACUUGCAUUGAGGUAUUUCCUGUUGGGAACUCACUACCGUUCUCCUGUCAACUAUUCGAUAUCGCAGAUAGAAAUUGCUUCAGAAUCUCUUUUCUAUAUAUAUCAGACUUUGCAAGAUUGUGCAGACGCAUUGUUACCUUUGAGGGAAGAAAGUGACACAAACGGGAAAAAAGCCCGUAUCAGCCCUGCUGCCCAAGAAUGCAUCAAUAAGCUGCGUAGUGAUUUUGAGACAAAGUUAGCUGAUGAUUUGCACACACCAUCCAUCCUAAAUUCAUCUCUUAUAGAAUCAUUCAGAUUUAUCAACACUUCCCUAAACAUGCUCAAGAAGAAGCAGCAGAAGCAACAGCAAUUAUCCAUUGUGAAGGCCCUCAUCGAUCUAGAGAAACAAAUCAAAGACAUCUUGGAUGCUCUCGGAUUGCUUUCCAGUUCAACUUACAACGAGGUUCUGCAACAACUAAAACUCAAAGCCCUGAAAAGGGCUGGACUGACAGAAGAAGAUGUUCUACACUCUAUCGAGGAAAGAAUGCUAGCCCGUAAAAACAAAGAGUUCUCAAGAGGUGACGAGAUAAGGAGCGAUCUUGCAGCCAAGGGAAUUGCGUUAAUGGAUGUGGGCAGUGAAACUGUUUGGAGGCCUUGUGUGCCUGUACAACAAGAACAGCCUGCUGUACAACCUCGACAAGAGAAACCUGUUGUACAACAAGAGCAGCCUGUUGUACAACCCCAAGAGGAGAAACCUGUUGUUGUCACUAAUGAACAAGCAAAUCCUCCUCCGUCGUCAGCUGAUAAAUAGGGGCUCAUCGAAUCUUAGCUUGUGAACUAGUAAGUUAUAGCUACAAAUCACGAACUAUAUACGGAGUUACAAUUUUGUGUUGAUUUCGACAAUAUUGCGAUGUUGGUGGGUUUUCUUGAAUCUUCUAUUGAACUGACUGGACCGUUGAUGGAGACCCAAUUAAAGGCAUAGAACUGGUUUAUAUUCUCUUUUAAAGUUAAAUGGAAAUCUUAAUUUGUUU